GAAAACUUUUUUUUCUUUCUUUAUCUUCUCACAAGAAUUUAAUAAAGUGGGUGCUGAGAUUGCAUAAGCUAAUCCAAGAUCCUCCCAUUCCAAAGAAAGGCAAGAUUCAAGAUUAGUAGAGAAGGAGAUCGGGUAAAAUGGCGAGAGAGAAGAUAAGGAUAAAGAAGAUAGAUAACAUAACAGCGAGACAGGUUACCUUCUCUAAAAGAAGAAGAGGAAUCUUCAAGAAAGCCGAUGAACUCUCAGUUCUUUGCGAUGCAGAUGUUGCUCUCGUCAUCUUCUCUGCCACUGGAAAGCUUUUCGAGUUCUCUAGCUCAAGAAUGAGAGACAUAUUGGGAAAGUAUAACCUUCAUGCAAGUAACAUCAACAAAAUGAUGGAUCCACCUUCCACUCAUCUCCAGCAGCUUGAGAACUGUAACCUCUCCAGACUAAGUAAGGAAAUCGAAGACAAAACCAAACAGCUACGAAAACUGAGAGGAGAAGAUCUGGAUGGAUUGAACUUAGAGGAGUUGCAGCGGCUGGAGAAAAUGCUUGAAUCCGGACUUAGCCGUGUGACUGAGAAAAAGGGCGAGUGUGUGAUGAGCCAGAUUUCUUCACUUGAGAAACGGGGAUCGGAAUUGGUGGAUGAGAAUAAGAGACUGAGGGAGAAACUAGAGACGUUUGAAAGGGCAAAAAUGAUGGCCUCGAAGGAGGCUGUGGAGACAGAAUCGGCGACCACAAACUUGUCAAGCUACGACAGUGGAGCUCCUCUUGAGGAUGAAUCCGACACUUCCCUGAAGCUUGGGCUUCCAUCUUGGGAAUGAAUCGUGAAGAGAGAGAUCUGUAGCAGAGUUGACUACGAUGGAAUCCCACAAAUAUUAAGUCUUACCUUUUCCUCAGUUCUUUCCUUUGAAUAAGUGUUGAAAAAAAUUGAGAUGGGAAGAGUACUACUGAAUGAAUUCUCAUUACAUUAAUGCGAAGAAUCAAGUU